AUGCCUCUCUACGCUUUCGGAUCCAAUGGAUCCGGCCAAUUAGGCAUCGGGCACGACGAAGACGUUUCAAUCCCAACUAGAUGUUUAUUUGAAGCGUCAGAACCAGAAGCCCUGAUAUCAAGCGAAGGCAAUUCAACCAAUUCCAUUCGCCGCAUAGCUGCAGGUGGAAACCACACCCUUCUUCUGUUCUCCGAUGGAGCCGUGUACGCGGCGGGAUGUAACGACGACGGGAGAUGUGGUGCUGAGCCCGGGGAUUCCUUGAUGAAAUUCUGGAGGGUAAUUGUGCGGGAUGAAGUAAGUGGGCAGUCUUGCGAGACGUUCAGGGACGUUUCGGCGUGUUGGGAGGGGACUUUCCUUGUUGCUGCUGCGGGAGAUAGGGUGUUUGUGCUUGGGUCUGGGGCGAAGGGGGAGCUGGGGCUUGGGGAGGGGGUUGUGCGGGCUACUGGGCCUGUGCCAGUUAAGGAUUUCCCGCCGUCCGGGACAGAGAUUGUUGGUGUUGCGAGUGGGAUGGGACAUACGGUUGUUGUGUUAUCGGAUGGAGAAGUGUAUGGAUGGGGUGCGGCGAGGAAGGGGCAGCUUGGGGAGGCAGCGAAGGGGCGGAAAGUUGUUUGGGAGCCGGUUAGGGUUGAGGGGUUGCCGUUUCGGGCCACGGGGGCUGUUUGUGGGCGCGAGUUUACGGUUGUUACGGGGGAUAAAAGUAAGGGGGAGUUUGUGAUUUUGGGGUCCGCGGAUAAUAGGUGGAAUGUCUUGUCUGAUGCGCCUCCUGCUUUGGAGGUAUAUCGUGGUAUUUGGGCUAGUUGGCAUGGUGUUUAUGUACAGCGGGAUGGGGGUGUUUUGGCUUGGGGACGGAAUGAUCGUGGUCAGCUUCCGCCGGUGGAUUUGCCGGUUGUGAGCGAGUUGGCUGUGGGAAGUGAGCAUGCACUUGCUUUGCUUGAUGGUGGGACCGUAGUGGCGUUUGGUUGGGGGGAGCAUGGGAACUGUGGGCCUGUUGCUGACGAACAGGGGAAUGUGAAGGGAAAGUAUGCUUUGAUUCCUCUCUCUAUGGAAGGAGAGUCCCAAGUUGUUGGUGUUGGGGCGGGUUGUGCGACUAGCUGGGUUGUCAUGUCGUGA